UAGCCAAGUUAAGCCAUUUUCUCAAACUGUCAGAGCGGAACAGAAGCAAAAUGAAAGUGUUUCGCCCUAACUGUAUGUUUUUAUUGUUUGCUGUUUUUUGCGAUUUGCUGUCUUCUAUAGCAGGGGUGGCUGUGAUGUAUCCACGUGAACCAUUCACUAAGGCAGAAGGAGAUUCUUUGUCACUCACUUGCAUGGUGAGGUUUCAGAGAAAGUCUUGCAAAGAAAUUCAGAGCAAAUGGUGUUUUUUCCGGACAGAAGACAAAUGUGAACCCAUUAUAGAUCCUCACAGACAUCAAGACAGGGGCUACUACCAGUGUAAUGCAAAAUGUGAGAGUGGAACUGAAGCCAAAGGCCAUCUUGUGCAUCUCAAUGUGACAGGUCCCAAUGUCUCAAAAUGGAGCGGCCAGCACAAGGUGGACCCAGCUUUGAUUACACUGAGUGUCGUCUUACUUUUCUGUAGUAAAUUAAGUACAUUUUAAAAUGUUUCUAUUAUUAUUAUUUACAUUUUUUAAUUAAUUUGUAACCUGAGGCAAAAUCCUUGAUCGUAUUUGUCUCUAUUUUAGCAUCAAGCAGUAUAAAUAGUUUCAUUGCUGUAAGUUUCAAUCAGUAAGGUUUUUAUUUCUAAAUAUAAUUGGAAUAUUGGCUAGCCGAGCAAUAGAUGAUUUUUGUGCUGCACUAUAAGUGGAACAUGCAAUGGUGUGGUCUGGGCCACUGAACCCGUGGCUGAAAAUAAAACCAAUGGUGUAAAAGAA